AUGUCAAACACAACAGCUCCAUUGCGCAUUGCUGUAUUGUUAUUUCCAGCGUUGACAGCGUUGGACGUCUUUGGACCUCUGAACGCCUUGAAUCUACUCUCAAUACAGCACCCGAUGACACUCUCCUUGCUAUCGACAGACCUCAAGCCCGUCAGCAUCGACCGCACCAUUAUCGACGGCGUGUACCAAGGUACAUCGACAUGGUUGUCACAGUAUUUUAGUGAAUUCGUGCUCCCAACGAAUACGUUUGAUGAUGAUCUUGAUCUCGACGUCAUCAUGGUCCCCGGAGGCGCGGGAACUCGCAACCUGAAUGCCACGCAGCCGCACGUUGACUGGCUCAAGGCUCGAGUUGAUGAUCCCGACUUGGACUACAUGAUGACGGUCUGCACUGUCGACGGCGCCGAAGACGUGAACUGGAUCGCCAAGGCGAGGUGGGUGGUUGAUGGAAAUCUCUGGACCAGCUCCGGUGUGAGCGCCGGCACGGACAUGACCCUUGCGUGGAUCGAGCAUGUGUAUGGGAGGAACGAGAGCGAGCGCAUCAGGAUUAUGAUGGAGUGGAACGCAUUGAAUCAGACAGACGACCCGUUUGCUGAGCUCUAUGGUCUGGUUUGA